AUGGUUGGGAAUCAACCCAACCUCCACAUUGGAUCGCCGCAAUCUCUCCUCCCCCUUCCCUCCCUUCUCUCCCUUCCCUCCCUUCUCUCCCUUAUCUACCUUCCCUCCCUUCCCUCCCUUCUCUCCCUUCCCUCCCUUCCCUCCCUUCCCUCCCUUCCCUCCCUUCCCUCCCUUCCCUCCAUUCCCUCCCUUCUCUCCCUUCCCUCCCUUCCCUCCCUUCCCUCUCUUCUUUCCCUUCCCUCCCUUCCCUCCCUUCCCUCCCUUCCCUCCCUUCUCUCCCUUCCCUCCCUUCCCUCCCCUCCCUCCCUUCCCUCCCUUACCUCCCUUCCCUCCCUUCCCUCCCUUCCCUCCCUUCUCUCCCUUCCCUCCCUUCCCUCCCUUCCCUCCCUUCCCCCCCUUUCCUCACUUUCCUCCCUUUCCGUCCCUUCCCUCCUUUCUCUCCCUUCCCUCCCUUCUCUCUCCCCCUUACCUUCUCCUCCAUCCCUCCGGACUGCCCCCAUCAGUGCCAACCCUCUCUGCGCAUCUUUUGUUUCUCCCCCUUUUGUUCUUCACAUCCCGCCUCAUCAUCUCGCUACCCCGCCUCCCCAUCUCCCCUUCCUCUCAGUUCCUCUGUUUCUGCCCUUUCGUCCGACCUCUUCAUCCUCACCCCUCCACCCCGCAUCCCCAUCUCUUCCCCCCCUCUUCCCUUUCCCUCCCUGCAUCCCCAUCUCCCUGCAUACCUCUCUCCCCUUCCUGCUUCCCCAUAUCCACUGCAUGUUUCCCCAUCUCUCCUCCCUGCAUCCCCAUCUCUCCUCCCUGCAUCCCCAUCUCCUCACCUGCAUCCCCAUCUCCUCACCUGCAUCCCCAUCUCCUCACCUGCAUCCCCAUCUCCCCUCCCUGCAUCCUCCCGAAACCCUUCCGAAGCCUGCUUCUCCUUACUUCUCCCCUGCUCCCUCCUGCCUCCCUUCAUUUCCCCCCCUGAUUCCCAUCAUUUCCCCCCCUGAUUCCCAUCAUUUUCCCUCUUCACUUCUGGGAGCGCAUGCACGGGAAGGGAAGGGAGAAGGGAUCGGGAAGAGAAGGGUGGGGCAGGAGAAGGGAAGGGCAGGGAGUGGAGAUGUGAAGGCAGGGAGUGGAGAUGUGAAGGCAGGGAGUGGAAAUGUGAAGGCAGGGAGUGGAAAUGUGAAGGCAGGGAGUGGAGAUGUGAAGGCAGGGAGUGGAAAUGUGAAGGCAGGGAGUGGAAAUGUGAAGGCAGGGAGUGGAGAUGUGAAGGCAGGGAGUGCAGAUGUGAAGGCAGGGAGUGCAGAUGUGAAGGCAGGGAGUGGAGAUGUGAAGGCAGGGAGUGGAAAUGUGAAGGCAGGGAGUGGAAAUGUGAAGGCAGGGAGUGGAGAUGUGAAGGCAGGGAGUGGAAAUGUGAAGGCAGGGAGUGGAAAUGUGAAGGAAGGGAGUGGAGAUGUGAAGGCAGGGAGUGCAGAUGUGAAGGCAGGGAGUGCAGAUGUGAAGGCAGGGAGUGGAGAUGUGAAGGCAGGGAGUGGAAAUGUGAAGGCAGGGAGUGGAGAUGUGAAGGCAGGGAGUGGAAAUGUGAAGGCAUGGAGUGGAAAUGUGAAGGCAGGGAGUGGAGAUGUGAAGGCAGGGAGUGCAGAUGUGAAGGCAGGCAGUGCAGAUGUGAAGGCAGGGAGUGGAAAUGUGAAGGCAGGGAGUGGAAAUGUGAAGGCAGGGAGUGGAGAUGUGAAGGCAGGGAGUGGAAAUGUGAAGGCAGGGAGUGGAAAUGUGAAGGCAGGGAGUGGAGAUGUGACGGCAGGGAGUGGAGAUGUGAAGAGCCCCUCAGGUGGAUUGCCUCGUCAGCGAGUGAUGAUUGGCCAUUGA